UUUCAAUGGGAGCAGGAUGAGGAAGUGGAAGAAAUUGCAACUGAAAUCUCAUCAACCCCUAUUUUAGGUGGAUUAUAAACCCAACAGCAUUAAUGGGGGAACUGCAAUAAGGAAAUGAGGAUCAGCAGUUGAGCAUUUUUACUCGGUAUAAUUCCUAUUUCCUAUCUUGCCCCUGAAGGGAACGUUGCUACUAAUAGACCAGUACACAGACACAAUCACAUCGAGGCUGUUACAUAAUCGUGAAGUAGAUAUAAAGGCUCUGGCAGACAUUUGAUAUGGCGUGUGUAUAAAGUUUACAAUGGAGGACUCCAUUGAGGUGAUUCUUCAGGAGCACAGCAGCGUCCUCCCCACCAGCAUUGUGCUCACGGCCUGCACAGGUGCUCUGCUCACCGGCCUGUAUGGAGUCUGGAAUCUCUUUUCGUUGCCCGGCUUUCGUCAAAUCCCCCGGAGACUCAAGGUCCCUUAUUUGCCCUCCAGCAAAGAUCAGACACUGAACAUUAUGAAGCUGCUUGAGGGACGAACAGGUCACCUUGCAGAUCUGGGAUCAGGAGACGGACGCCUGGUGUUUGCAGCCUCUUCUGCUGGCUUCCAGUGCACAGGCUUUGAGAUUAACUCCAUAUUAGUGGCGUAUGCCAGGAGCAAGGCCCGCUGGACAGGAGUGCCCCCCGGCCAAGCAACCUUUGUUAACAAAGACUUCUGGAAGACUGAUUUGUCUUUGUACAACAAUCUGACUGCUUUCCUUGCUCCAGGAGUGAUGGAGGAUCUGGGGGAGAAGCUGUUGAAAGAGCUUGCAGAUGACACGCGUGUCAUCGCUUGUCGUUUUCCUUUCCCCAACUGGCCUCAUCGAUCGUCCGUCGGCUCCGGUCUUGACGAGACUUUUUCAUAUGACAUGGGCACAGUGCGCUCACACCUGAGAAACGUACCAGACACAGCGGUGUGAUAAGUCACAGUCUCUUGGUCUCACAAGCAACAAAUCCUCCAGACACAUUUUACUAGACUACAAAUUGUGAUGUUUAAAGGAAAACCACUGUGAGUUUUGGGAAAUUGCUGAUUUUAAGUCAGUUGCGCACACUGAUCAGCAUUGAUUCUUUUCUGACGUCUGAACAUAACAAGAAUGAAAGGUACUCUGAUUAGACAAGAAGUAGACGGGAUUUCUACAGCACUUAUCCCCACAGUGUUUGUUCAGCCUCGCCACUUAUAGAGAAAAUGGAGUCUGCCAUAUUUCUGGUGGCUGCAUAAGAAUUCUUCCACUAAAAUUAAUUUCCACAUUAACACUAAUAAACCUUCUUGGUGGCUUGCUACAGGGGGGAUUGUGCGUUUAGUGCUGUUUGUUAGUUAAUAGUUUUCUUCUGCUUUGUUGGUUUGGAGUUAGAUGCAUAAUUAUAUUAACCAUUAUAAAAACCACUGCAGCGCAUUGCUGUUCUAAAAUCA